AUGAAUUUUUGGAGAACUGUUUUAGGACCUUCUAAAGUUCCAAGUACAGGAGUACAGAAGGAAACAAAGAUAGAAUAUCCAAAAGUGAAUGUUGAUAAGUAUAUUACGUCAACAAUCAAAUAUCUUCCUGUUUAUAAGAAAGAUAAAGACAUUAUUAAAGUUCCUUUUACAAUUGCUGUUACUCCAGUUAUUUCAGAACCAGAGAAAAUACCAAAAAUGGAAUACAGAUACGAUGAAGCUCCGAGAUGUCACAAUUGCGGAACAAUUUGCAAUCCAAAAUCUAUUUUAUUCGAAGGAGACCAGAAAUUCUUGUGUAACAUAUGCAAAUCAAACAAUGAUUUGGGUCCAAACAUGAAAGAAAAAGUAAAAUCAAAUCAAUUUCACGUUAAUAUGGUUGAAUAUCCAUUUAAGGAUACAACAUUAGCAAAUUCGCCAUUAAGAAACGUUUUCAUCAUCGAGAAAUCAGAAUCUACGAUAAAAACAGGACUUUUCCGCAAAACAUUAGAUAAAUUAACCAAACACGUCAAAACAUUAAAAUCCGGCUACUUCUCAUUAUUUAUUUUGACCAAUACUCUUACAAUUCCUCAAAUCAACGAAAACAGACAAGAAUUUUCGAAUUUAAUUUUUGAAGAUUUUAUUGAUCUUAAAUUACCAUCAAUAGACAGUGUAUUCUUUGAUAUUUCGAAAGAGAAAGAUCUUCUCAUACAAUACAUCAAUUCUACUGAUGAUUUACAGCCAAAUCAGACACAAUCAAACAUUUUUGAGAUAAUUGAUUCAAUUUCACCAUCUUAUGCAGGCAAGAACGUGAUGUUUACCAUGGUUACGUCAACAGUAACAAUAGGAAAGAUGUCUGAAGCUAAAGAAUUAGGACAUAAAUUACUUUCUUUGUUAUCUCACUUUGACUUGUUCGUAAUGGCCCAAAAAGACGUAGAUUAUUCACCAUUGAGUGAAUUAUCGAUGUUAAACAACAGCCAUUUGACAAUUUUCGGAGAAGAUCAAAUUGAAUUUUUAUCUGAUGAUAUUCUUUACAGAAUUUUCUGUCAGAAGUGUCCGGCAGCUCUUAUUACAUGCAAACAUCCAAGUUUCGUGUCAAUAAAGGAAAUAAAAGGCUGCGGAAUUUCGAGAAAUGAAAAUUCUUUCAUUACAACGGUUUGUCAACCAAAUGACACUUUUUUCUUUUUCUUCGAAUACACAACAGAUCAUAUUGAGUUUACCAGUCCAUCCAUGAUCUUUGAAACUCGUCUAACGCAUGAAGAUGGUUCUACAACGCUAACUGUUUAUAGUUUAUCUUUUUCUGUUGUUAACAAUCACAUGAGUGUUAUGCAAAACGCAAAUGUUGAUUUAAUUUUGCAGUCAUAUAUUAUGCAUGCGAUAGAUGAUGGCAGAAACAAAGGAGAUGAACAAAUGAUGCUGCAAACAUUAGAUAAACUAAAGGAAGAGUAUUUGGAUGAAACUUUUGUUCAGUUGAUGUUGACUGCAACAGGAGAUAAUAUGAUGAAAUACGCAAGAAUUUGUUUUGGAACUGCUGCAAAAAUAUUGAAUUAUGAAACUGCAUGUGAAGUUUAUACAAAAACUCCUCAAGAAUUUGGAUACUUUUUCGUUCCAAAAUAUUUGUUUUUGACUGAUGAAACAAAAGAAGUUCCUCCUUUGAAAUAUCUGAAUGGAUUCAACAAAUUUGAUCAUGGAGCUUUGUUUGUGAAAAGAGAUAGCCGUCAUUCUGUGAUUUUGCUUGCACAAAAUGAAGAAAUUAAAGAAUGGAUUGAAAAUUUGAAUGAAUUACCAUUAAAAGUUAUAAUGAGAAAGAUUUUGACAACCCCGUCUCUGGAAAUGAUUCAUCCAAGAGAGAACCAAACAAACAGAACAUUUAUAUUACUAUCUAAGUGUAUCACUGCUCCUCUUCCUGAAAUUAAAAAGGAUUAA